AUGAUUUCGAAUCAAGUUACUGAACUUCGUUUAUCAAAAUGUGAUAAGACGACUCCUAUAAAUUUGUCAAAUGUUACUCAUCUUAUUCUUACAGAUAGUCUUGAUUCGUUAAAUAGUUGCUCACUUUCAACCAGCAUUCGAUCUAUUCAAAUUACUCUUCAUCAUAAAUGGCUUAAUUUGGGGAAUGAUGAUUGGAAUGCUUUUCGUAAACUGUCAACUUUGCCAAUGUUGAAGUCUUUACGUGUACUUUUGCGUAAUAUGCAUACUCCACCAGAUGACGCAAGUUGCCAAAUUAUUGCAGAAACAGCAUUAAUGGUCUCGGAUUUUUGCUUCUGCUUUCGACGUCAUGGAGAUCGAAAUGAAUAUGAUAUUGCCCAUGUGUUUCAUUACGAUGAAACUGUGGCGCAGUUACGGCGUAACUGCGAUCGCACUGUGACCCGUAAUUGCGGAAAAUUGCGCCGUAACUACGCGUAA